AAAAACAAAUAAAAAUAAUAAAAUGAAGGGUGUCAAAAUGAGUUCAAGUUCCAUUCAAACAAUGAUCAUUCUUGUAAUCCUUGUAUCAACUUUGUGCUCAAGCAUUGAAGCUUCAACCAGAAAACCAAAUAGAAGAAGGUUUAAACCAGAACAUCGUCAUAAAGCAAUCUUAACAUUGAACAGCUUUGAAAAAGGUGGAGAUGGAGGAGGACCAUCAGAGUGUGACAACAAGUUUCACUCUGACAAGACACUUGUUGUAGCAUUAUCAACUGUUUUGUUCAACCACAAGAAGAGGUGUCUGAAAGAGAUUACUAUAUUUGGUAAUGGUAAAAGGGUUAAUGCCAAGGUUGUUGAUGAGUGUGAUUCAAGUAAAGGGUGUAAGAACAAUAUUGUUGAUGGUUCUGCUGCUGUUUGGAAGGCUUUGGGUGUGCCUAAAAAGAAAAGGGGUGAAAUGGACAUUUUCUGGUCAGAUGCUUGAUGCAAUCAAAUGUGAAUUGAUUAUAUAUAUGUUAGUGUGUAUUUAUCAUAAUAUACACACAUAAUAUAAAGAAAAAAAGACAUAAGUGUCUCAUUUCAAAUAAAAACACAAACUCUCGAUAAAAAGGUCAUGAAAAAGUUUACCAUUAGGGUUUUCAUUCUCCACAUCAAUAUCAUGGAAAAUAUUUGAUAGGUACACCCAACUUCCAAUUUAAAAAAGAGAGAAAAAGAAAGUUGGUGUGAUAUAUGUAGUAUAUUAGUGAUGUGAUGUGAUAAGAGAUAGAAUGAAAAUGAGAUGUUGAACGGUGUAUGAAAAUUAAGAGUGUCAAAUGUAUCAUUGUUGUAAUAUCAUGAAUAUGUCAAUAAAGUGUCGGUUUAGUGAUAUGAAA